AUGAUCGGCUUCGGGUGUUUGGAGCGGCCACUGGCCAACUUUUUCUACAACUAUGGGAGCUUCGUCUCGCGCAAUCCCUACCCAUUCAUCGCUGGCCCGAUUUUGUUAACUUUGGCUUUAUCCGUUGGAUUCUUUCAUUUAGAAAUUGAACAAGAUGCCAUUUAUCUUUUCACCCCAACCGAUGCGCCAUCGAAAACCGAAAGACAAAUCAUUCACGAAUUGUGGCCGGUUCAUGAGAAUAAUUUCGUGCCAGGAAGGGGUGUGGUCACAAGUCGCGAGGCUCAGAUAACGGUUGUCGCGAGAAACGGUGGAAACAUUCUCGAGCCACACUAUGCGGUCGCCAUUCACCGUCUUGACUCCUACAUUCAGAACCGGAUUCAGGUCCGAUUCCAUGACCAAAUCUACACGUACCGUGAGUUAUGCCUGAAAUAUGGAGAGACUGGCUGCGUGAAAAAUGAUCACAUCCAAAUCAUCACCGAGCUUUACAAUCACGGCUUUAACAUCACGUAUCCGUAUUUUCGAGUGGGCAAUCGUGGCGGUUAUAUCGGAUCGGCGUUGGGCGGAGUGGCUUUCGGACGGGGCGACAACGGGACGGUGCUCGUCUCAAAGGCUAGGGCCUGGCUUCUCCUCUAUCAGCUCAAGUUUCACCCAGCGAACAUGUCCUACAUUUCGGCGAAAUGGGAAAAAGCGUUCAAGGAACACCUCAGCAAUUACCCACCGGAUCCUCUAAUCUCGAUCACCUAUUUUCACUCGCAAACGCUGGCCGAUGAAUUGACACGAAAUGCCGAAUCGUUGGUGCCAAAAUUCAUCACCUCUUUCGUGAUGUUGUUGCUCUUUGCAGUUGCCUGUUCAAUUGUGAACAUUCACGGGACACCGUACAUCGAUUGGGUCCUCUCAAAGCCGAUCCUUUCGAUCCUUGGUGUUUUCAACGCGGGAAUGGGAAUCGCGUCAGCGGUUGGCGGCUUGGUUUUACUCGGCGUUCCCUAUACGGAUAUCGUCGCAGUCAUGCCGUUUCUCGUCGUUGCUGUCGGUACGGAUAAUAUGUUUCUGAUGGUGGCGUGCGUGCGGCGAACGAAUCGGAGUUGGACUGUCGAGCAGAGGAUCGGUGAAUGCAUGUCCGACGCAGCUGUGUCGAUCUCGAUCACAGCUUUAACGGACGCUUUCUCGUUCGGUGUCGGCACGAUCACCACCAUUCCGGCAGUGCAAAUCUUCUGUCUUUACACGUGUUUAGCCCUGGUGCUCACUUUUCUUUAUCAGGUGACCUUCUUUUGUGCCUUGUUGAGUUUGGCAACAGAAUGGGAGGCACGUGGACUGCACUGUAUUCUGCUCCGGCAAACAGUGCCACCAAAGCUCCAAACAACCUCAUCGAUUAUCGAUCGAGUGUUGUGGCUUGGCUCCCGACCACAUCCUGACCCCAAAAAUCCGAUCAACAAACGAAGCUGUACAGCGACGAGGUUUUUCCAAGAUGUUUUCGCACCGAUUCUCAUGCAUCCAGCGAUGAAAUGCAUGGCGACUUUAUGGUAUUUCAUCUAUCUCGGAUUCGCGAUUUAUGGCUGCACUCAAUUAAGGGAAGGACUAGAGCCAGUGAAUCUGCUUGUUGACGACUCCUAUGCGACUCCGCACUAUCGGGUUCUCGAGAAAUACUUUUGGAAAUACGGGGCAACCGUGCAAAUCGUCGUCAGCAAUCCACCGGAUUUGACGAAACCGAACGAGAGACAAAUUAUGAAAGAAAUGGCUCAUGAGUUUGCGACGACGAAGCACUCGAUGGGUGAUGGAUCGAUUCAAUGGUGGAUGCCUGAAAUGGAGAGAUAUUAUGGGGAUCGGGUUGUCGAGAAUAGUACCCAGGAAUUCCUUGCACUAGCCGCGAAUUUUUUCUAUGAAAUGCGCAACGAUCCGUGGCCGGUCGAUGUGAAAUGGAAAAGAGUUGCGAAUGGGAAAUACGAUAUUACAGCUUUUCGGUUCUUGGUCGGGAUGAAGAGCAUUUCCUCGACAACAGAUCAACAAGAAGCGACAACCGUUUUUCGCGAAGUCGCUUCAAGAUAUUCGCAGUACAAUGUCACCACUUAUAUGCCAUUGUGGCUGUUCACCGAUCAGUAUGCGCUGGUCGUGCCAAAUACUGUGCAAGAUAUUGUGGUAGCAGUGCUCUGCAUGUUGAUGAUCGCUUUUGUGCUCAUUCCACAGCCAUUCUGUGCCCUUUGGGUGGCGUUUACUAUUGGAUCGAUCGACGUCGGUGUGCUCGGCUUUAUGACACUUUGGGGUGUCAAUUUGGACGCGAUCUCGAUGAUCACAAUCAUUAUGAGUGUUGGAUUCUCGGUUGACUAUGCAGCUCAUAUCACUUACGGAUAUGUGAUAUCGAAAGAGCCACUGGCUAGACAUCGAGUCAGAGAUGCGCUUGGUGAUCUUGGCUGGCCGGUUGUGCAAGGAGCCGCCUCAACAAUCCUCGCGGUUAUCGUUCUCGCUGAUGUGCCCGCUUACAUGAUUGUCACCUUUUUCAAGACCGUUUUCUUGGCAAUCACGAUCGGCCUCGUGCACGGGCUCAUCUUUCUGCCGUUAAUGCUUUCUGUUUUUGUGCGCGGUUGUUGUACAGUUGGCUAUCAGCACAAAGAUGAAGAGCGUUUCACUCUGCCGAUCCCACCCGGUUCAUAUUCAUUCACAAGCGCCGAUAACCCUGUUCACAAUUAUGGAACUAAUGUCAAUUAUGGAAAUAUGUCAAAGAUUGCAAAUAUGACAACACCGCCAGUCGCUGCAUUUGAGCAAUCAACGUAUCAGAUGACCGAGGUUCGCCGUCCUCCACCCACUCAUCCACCGCCACCAAUCCCCCGUCGACCCCUUCAACCACCACAAGGAGAUGUCUAUGAGAAAGCUGGUGGAGCCCCACUUCCACCAACAAGACGAUUUUUC